AUGUCAGACUUGGAGGGAAAGGUCGUUAUAGUUACCGGUGGCUCGUCAGGGAUAGGGAAGGAGAUGGUCAGGGAAUUGCUCCUUCACAACGCUAAAGUGUAUCUGACUGCGAGGAAUCCUGAGAAGACGAGAAAUGUUAUCGAAGAACUGACGAAGGCUACGGGGAAGACUGCGAUUUUCUUGAACUUGAAUCUGAGACCUGAAGUCUGUCAAAGUCGUUGCGGAGGAGUUCCUCUCGUGCGUAUCGCGUCGUAUGCUGCCGCUGAGCAUUUCUCAUCUCUUCCAGGAAAGAGAAGGGUUUACGAUCGAUGCGCUGGUGGCCGUCUAAUCAUCAUUGGCACGUCCCAGAGGCACGCGAUGCCAGGUCCCAGCGAUAUGCUCACUGUCCAAGGCUACGACUAUUAUUUUGGUGUUAAUGUCCUCGGUCACUUUUACUUCACAAAGCUACCGCUACCGGCAUUACUAGCGACGGAAGACAAGGCCCGCGUGGUGAAGACCUCGUCUUCGGCCAUCUAUCUGCCUUUGGGCAGCAAGAUAUUGUUCGACACGCUCAAGGAUGGACAAACGAAGAAAAGCAAAUCCCCGAUGCAUCUGUACGGUCAAUUCUCUAUGUUUGUCGACGUGAUGUUCGUGUUAGAAUUGGCAAGGGGGUAUGGGGACAAAGGGAUAGUAUCUAUCAGCCUUCAUCCCGGUAACCUAAAGACGGAUCUCGACCAGCAUGCGAACUGGUCGAACACCGUUAUUUGGUGA